AUAGCAAGAGUUUAUUGUUCCCGCAUCGUAUGUGUUUUUUCCUCGUACGGACGUACACCCACACUGCGUGUUACUUCUCCCUAGUUUUCUCUUUACCAUUUUUGUGUUUCUUUUUUACAGAGAAAGAUCGAGCAAAGACAAGACCCAUUUGGAAUCACUUCACUGAGUUCACUCUCAUCGAUUAUUGUUGUGAGUUGUGUUCUUUAACUACUUCUUUAUCUUCUUACCAGUCUAAACCCUCGUGUGACCAAAAAUGUUUCUCAAGGCACAGCUACAAUGGAAUGUCAUAAUUCCUGCUGAUAAUCUUGAUGCCAAAGGACUGGCAUUGCAGAAGGCAAUAAUAGUUCGCCUUAUGGAUGAGUUUGCUGCCAAGAAAGCUACAAGUUCUCUUGGCUAUUUUCUUGCAGUAACCUCUUUGGACAAAGUGGGAGAAGGAAGAGUGAGAGAGCACUCAGGGGAUGUGCUUUUUCCUGUAACCUUCACUUGCUUGACCUACAAGGCUUUUUCUGGUGAGGUUUUAGAAGGCGAAGUGCACAAGAUUCUGAAGCAUGGUGUAUUUAUUAGGUGCGGACCAGUGGAGAACAUCUAUCUCUCUCAUCUGAAGAUGCAGGGCUACAGUUUUGUGCCUGGUGAGAAUCCAAUCUUCAUGAGCGAAAAAGCAGCUAAGAUUGAGAAAGGUGUGAAGCUGCGUGUUAUGGUAAUUGGUGUGAGGUAUAUGGAGGCUGAAAAGGAAUUCCAGGCAGUUGCCAACUUGGAUGGCGAUUUCCUGGGGCCUAUUUAGUAGUUUUUGUACUUUGACAUGAACAGGGUUCAUAUGUGCAAGUAGACUACUAGACUCUUAUCUGUAUUUUGUGUUGGGGUACUUUUGGUAAAUUCAGUAGAUUUGGUUUCAAGUGACUAUCAAAAUUUCAAAAUUAUAGCAUGGCUCUAGAGUUUAAUGGUUUCA